UUACCGUGGAAGUUGUGUUACUGUGGUCUUUCUUUCCUCACAGGCCGUUGGCUCUCUGGAUUAUCAGGAGUUUGUAGUUGACAUUGAAUCCAGCCUGAGGAUGGAAGGUGUGGAACUGAAAGAAGAAUGGCAAGAUGAAGAUUUUCCAAGACCUUUACCAGAAGAUGAUAGUAUUGAAGCAGAUAUACUCGGUGUACCUGGACCAGAGAACCAGCCUGACUCACCAGAAGGUAAUGGAAAUAAAGUGAGAAAGAAAUUAAUGGCUCCAGACAUUAGCCUGACUCUGGAUCCUAGCGAUGGCUCUGUGUUGUCAGAUGACUUGGAUGAAAGUGGGGAGAUCAACUUAGAUGGCUUGGACACACCAUCGGAGAAUAGUAAUGAAUUUGAGUGGGAAGAUGAUCUUCCAAAACCCAAGACUACUGAAGUCAUCAGGAGAGGCUCAGUUACUGAGUACACAGCGGCAGAGGAGCAAGAAGAUGGGCGACGCUGGCGCAUGUUCAGGAUUGGGGAACAGGACCACCGGGUUGAUAUGAAGGCAAUCGAACCCUAUAAAAAAGUCAUCAGCCAUGGAGGCUAUUACGGGGAUGGAUUAAAUGCCAUUGUUGUGUUCGCUGUCUGUUUUAUGCCAGAGAGUGGUCAGCCCAACUAUAGAUACCUGAUGGACAAUCUCUUUAAGUAUGUUAUUGGCACUUUGGAGCUGUUAGUAGCCGAAAACUACAUGAUAGUUUAUUUAAAUGGUGCAACAACUCGAAGAAAAAUGCCCAGUCUGGGAUGGCUCAGGAAGUGCUAUCAGCAGAUUGAUAGAAGGUUACGGAAAAAUCUGAAAUCUCUAAUCAUUGUACAUCCCUCUUGGUUUAUCAGAACACUUCUGGCUGUUACAAGACCAUUUAUUAGCUCAAAAUUCAGCCAAAAAAUUAGAUAUGUUUUUAAUUUGGCAGAACUAGCAGAACUUGUUCCCAUGGAGUAUGUUGGCAUACCAGAAUGCAUCAAACAGUAUGAAGAAGCAAAGUUUAAAAAGAAACAAAAAAGAGUCGAUCAAGAGCUGAAUGGAAAACAAGAUGAACCAAAAAGUGAGCAGUAAGUUUGGCCUCAAGUUCAAACAAGACUGAAGAAUGUGCUGAUGAAGCCGUGUUCUAUUUUACAUUCUUGAUGCAUUUCUUGGCUUGUAUUUUUGUGUAAUCUGUUACAAAAUCUAUUUGACUUUGUAGUGGACUUUUGUACAAGGGAUUGUUCACUGCUGUUUUGGUUUUUUAAAAUCUCUUGAAUUUAGCUCUUCAGUGGCUACUUAUAUUGUACUUACUUUAUAUUUUCUGUUGCUAAAUAGCAGAGAACUACACUUUAUGAAAACAAUUUUUGCAUUUGUUUGUUGAAUAAUGCAUCUUCAGUAAGAUAUUUAUAUGCAUAAAUGGCAAAGGAAAAAAAUAAUAUAUAUUUUUAUGUUUUUAAACAAUAUUUUUUAAUGUAUACCUAUCUUGUGGAAGAAUAUGAAGAUAAAGAAGACCAUGAUUUUGUAAAGUGCAUGUUAGAAUUUGUGUUUUUGUAAAUGGUUGAACACAUUUCCUAGGUAAUUUAAAAAAUUAAGUUGCUCUAAGGCAAGAGACAGUUAGACUGGUUCUCAUGAAUACCCAAAGAUAAUGUACAUAAUCUUAAAUAGGUUAGUACCGUCCCAGGCUCACUUGACAUGUAUAGUUCUUUAAUCAAAAGUGCAAAUACACUUUUUCCUUUUUAAAAACAAGUCCAAAAGCCAUUUUUCAGAACUAGAGAAUUCUAGAGGCUAGAAAUUAGGGUUUGUAUAUAUGUAUAUUUGGGACAUUUUAUCUUCUGGCCCAAAGUCAGAACUGUUAUAAAAAUCUUGGAUUUGUUCACUAAUGUGAAAUAAGCUGUGUGUCCGGGGUCUUGCCCCACUGAAUGCGUGAGUGCCAUGUAGUAUUGCAGAGAAUGUGACAAGUUUUCGCUGUCACUCUUCUGUAGAAUACAGGGGCUGCUUUUAAAAUUCCUCUCACUGUGGGCACUUUACCUAAAUACUUCCAUGUCAGUUAUUUGAACUCAGUGGUAGUUUGGCAUAGUAAGAUAUUGUAUGUUUUUAAGUUUCUGUAGAAUAGUGUUUGACAAGUCUGUAAAUUAGAUUAAUCCUAUAGGUCUUAGAGCCUUAUUUUCUUGUACUGUUUGGAACAACAUAUUUGAUAAAAGCAUUUAAGCUCCUUAUUUGAUUUGGUAAUUACCUUUACAUUGAAAUAAAUUGUAGUCGUGCCUCCAAACAGAGCUUAAUUACCCACAAAAUUGUUAUAAAACAACUGAUUGGUCUAGUAGGGUGUCAUGCCUGGAAAGCAUAAAUACAUUUAUAAGCUUUCUACCUUCCAUAUUUGAAGAUCAUGCUAUCCAGCCCAUCCUUUAAGUUACUUUAGAAGAGUAACCUAGAAUAGCAAAACUAAAAUGGAUGUGGGCUAAGCUUUCAAGAUUUAUUCUCUCCUGUACUGAACAUAUACAUACCACUGUCAAUUUUUAGUAUAGAGUUUCUGUUACAAAAGGGAAAUUUCUUUUACUUUUUGUUCUCCCUGGCCAUGUGUUGUGCUUAACUUAAAUCCAGUCACAGGAGGUGCUGGAGGAUUUUUUUGGAUGAAAUAGUCUUCAGCAGCCUCUCACUUGGAUCCUCCAGUUCUAGGCAGAUCCUGGACUGAUGUCAUUACAGUGAACUAGGCAAAAACCACCAUCUUAGAAACACUUCGUUUUGAAGAAGGAAACAAAAUAACUACUUAGGCAUUAUGAGGCAUUAGGAGGGUUAUGAUUAGACAUGAUAUUUGUAAAACAUUAUAGGUAGUCUUGUCUAUAUGUCUUUAUGUUCUUAAUACCAGUGGAACUUUUUAAUUGGUUGUUUUCUACCAUGUUAAGUCCUUAGCUUCUGAGUUUGAAAAGUGUAAAGAGUAAUUUAAACUUUUUAUUGUACUUUUUAACUUUUACAGUCAUUGUUCCUCACCUACAUAGAACUUGUUGGAAAGUGAUUUCUCUAAAUUCUUUCUUUUUUUUUUGUUUUGUUUUGUUUUUUUUUUUGGUACCGGGGAUUGAACUCG